CCGAUUUUAACGAAAUUUGUUGCUUUUGAGAGAGAAAGUUAAAUUCUAGUGACUGUUGGAAGCGGAAUUUUGAUUUAGGGCUUGCAUUUUGUUAAAGAGAUUUACAAAAUUUCAGAAGUUUGAAAAAUAUAGAAGCACGAAGUUUACAAACUAAUAGCUCUGCAUCAAAAAGAGAUAUCGCGGUUCUGUAAACGGCACCCAUUAGAUCAUUCAAAGCGGACAAAUUUCGUAUGUCAUUUUACAUCUUACGUGAGUUUGUUACGUUGUUUACGAGGGUUCUGCAAAAGUUGUAAUUACAUAUUAAUAAAUUUUUUGAGAUUCAUGCAUAAGAUGUCAAAUUUGUCCGCUUUAGAUGUGCUAUUAAGUACAAUUCACAGAAUUGUGAUAUCACCUAUUCUUACUGAGUUAAGGGCAAGAUAUACUCCGGCGUAACGCGCGCGCGCGGCCACGCGCGUCGCGGUUAAGCGGCGUUGGUGAAAAACGCGCACUCUACAUUCCGGCGUCACGGCGUAGCCGGCGUGCCCAGGUGCGCUUGGCGAACUCAACGCCGCCGGCGCGGAGAUAGAGCGUGUUCUAUUUCACGCGGCUGACGCUAGACCAGAAUGCGCUGCAGCGGCAGCGAGCAGAAGGCAGAAUGGCGGCCUGCGGUGCGCGUAUUGACAGUGCGGCUGUGGUUUUUUCAACAUCCGUGUGGGAUGACAGCGCGAGUGAAGACGCCUGCUUGAAGCGAUUUGCAACCUUCCAUGUGUAUACGAUGUGAAACGCAUGGACUACCGCGACACAGAGCGGAAGAACAAGGCGUGGGAAGCUAUACGAAAGCAGUGUGGUCUCGCCACAGCCACAAGGGAAGAGAUGGCAAGAGAAACAAAAAACAAGAGAGUGCCCAUUCCACCGAUCAGGCUGUCAGAUGUGGAGGACUUGCCCCUCUCUGAAGGGGAUGUGAAUGCUAAAAAGAAGAACAUAAGACAGCAGGACAAGGCCAAGCAGGCAAAUCAGGCUGCAUCAAGAAAGCAGCAGUACGAGGCUGUUCUCCGACAGCACAUGGCACAUGCCCUAAAGAAUGUUGAUGUUGCUAAGGAGGCUGCUGCACCAUUGCCCACACCUCGCACCUCCACCAAACAGUCACGAGGGUCACAAGUCAAAAGGAAGCUGUAUGAUGAAACCAGCGAUUCAACAGACGAUGAAUCGCUGGUUUCUUCAAAAGAGCUAAUAACUGCACGAAAAGAUGCAAAAUACUGGAAAAUGCAGUGCCGCAUUGAGCGGGAGCACAAUGCAUCAUUGAAAAAACACAUAGAGUUUUUGGAAAAUAACAUUAGAACACAGCUGAACAACUGUAAGCAUUACUUCAUUUUUAUUGUAAUUGAGUGUAUUAUAUGCUGUCUAACAAUGACCACUUUUCAUGUUUUCCUAGUUGCCCAAAUACUUGACAUGCAGAGAAGCGAGAGAUGUGAAGGUGAGAGACGACAAAAUCUGGAAGCACCACUAGUGGCACCUACUACAGAGCAGCCUCAACGAGUGGCUGCUUUUAUCGAAGACGGUGAAUCACCAGAUUUGUCUGUGCCAGACGCCUUAGACAAUACGAAAGGAUGCCAGGACGGCAACUUUGUGGCCACAUCUGAUGGACGUUUCCACUUGUCUGGUGGAAUUUAUGUCAUGCCUGAGCAAGCGGAAAAACUGUUCAGAAAUAAAAAGCCAAGCAUCCUUGUGAGAGACACGGCCCAAGUGAUCUGGGGCAAUGAACUAUUGGCAAAAAGAAGUGUCAGCGGCAGACUCGCACCAACAAAAAGUGGCAGCAGCGAGCAGCCAUCCAAGCAGCUGACGCCUGCAAAGGUGGAGGUUGUUUAUGAUUGUCUGCGGCACUGGGGUCAGAUACACAACCAGGACAUCAGCGCUGCGGAGCGUGCUCUGCCAAGGACCCUCAGUGAAAAAAUUCAAGAUGUAAAAAGAAAACUUCGCCUUCCACAGUGAGAAAGUGCUGUCAAGUACUAGAGUACCACUGUAAAUAUUUUUAAAUAUAUGUACAUUGUGUUUUUGA